GUGAUCGCCUAGUAACCGGGGGGGGGGGAGAAGGAGGCAGGAAAAGCGGCCGCUCGAUCAGCGCACAGACGGGAGACACGGACGGUUGAAGCGCGGGCCCCCGGUCACCGGAACGUGCGAGGAGUGGGAGCGGGACAGCGAGCACUUAAAACCGAGGAUUAAAUGAGUGCCCAGCAGUUUCCACGACCCGGUGCCCCUUCGUCAGGACUGGGAGCCAGCCAGCCUGCCACCACUAUGCAGAAUAACAGUGGCGCAGGGGCACCCAGCAACACAGUAACAGGUAAAUGGCGAAGGGCCUUGGAAAGCAGCCAGAUGUUUCUGAUCACCAAUCUCGCUGCCAAUGAAGAGACCAGCCGGGAUUCGGAGCACACAUCACGUGAACAUACUAAUCCCAUGUCUUCAUUGCCAUUCCGAGAUGAGAAGCAGGAGACAGUUGUGGUUAGGCCUUACCCACAGAUACAAGCUCAUACGCAGCCGCUAACAGCCAUCCAGCACCACAUACAGCAGCCCGGGGGACCGAUUGCAAUUGCUCCUCCAACUCACAUAACACAGGCUACUCCACUUACCUUCCCAGAAGUGAUGAAGACUACACUGAAGACGCCAUUACCCAGUCGACCCAUCGCACCAGCACCAUCAUCUGGCCAGGGACACAUGACCGGUGCUCCUAAAGUCUCGGGUCAUGUCACUGUUAAUAUGGACAGCUCCAUGCCCCAGGGGUCUGCAAUUCCUGUAGCUACUAUCAGUGGGCAGCAGGGACAUCCCAAUAUUCCUCAUCUGAUGGGAGCCAAUAUGCAAAUGUCAAUCAUCCGGAACUCUGUUCCAACUUCUCUCCACAUUGGACAGUCCACAGCACCACCACAGAUGUUCUCAUCUCACGUGCCUAGAGGUGCAGCGGUAGCAGCAGCAGCAGCAAUCUCAAGUUCUAAAGUAACGACAGUUCUGCGUCCUGCUCCUGUACCAUUACCAACAGCAGGGACUCCGCAGAACUCCUUGCAGCAUUCUCUGCACCUCCCAAUACAGUCUCGCCCACCUUCAACUGGCUCUACAGCAGUUCCAGCAGUGGUGGCAACCGUAUCUGCAACUCGGGCCCAGUCUCCUGUCAUUACAACAGCAUCAGCCCAUGGGACAGAUGUAACCCACAGUAGACCAGCAUUGACCAUUCAGCCUCAUCCACCGCCUGCCGCCAUUAGCAUCCAGCGCACUCAGCAGCCACGGGAUACAGCAGCACGCAUCACACUGCCUUCCCAUCCCGCUGUUGUGUCUCAAAAACCACAGCUUCAUGCCAUGCCACAGAAAACAAUCUUCAGCACAGGCACUCCAGUUGCUGCCGCCACCGUGGCGCCAAUACUCUCCACAAACUCGAUUCCAUCCACAACAACUCAGGGUGCUAUUUCUCACGCUCAAGCAACUGGCAGUACAAUUGUCACCAUGACGAUGGCCCCUCAUACAUCGCACCCUCCUGUGGUGACCACUUCAUCAAUUCCCAUAGCAAAAGUUGUUCCUCAACAAAUAACUUCUACGCGGAUCCAACCUGACUAUUCGACAGAAAGGACGAACAUGAUCUCUAUACCUGGUCAUAGGGCAUCACCUAACCCAGUUACUAUGGAAACAAGAACUGACAACAGGCCAAUGCCAGUGCAGUUCCAGUAUUACCUGCCAGCAUAUCCACCUUCAGCUGCCAUCCCAGGCUAUCCACUGGCCCACACCUUCACUCCAAUAACUAGCACAGUGUCCACUAUACGCCAGUACCCAGUUUCAGCACAGGCACCAAGCUCUGUGUCUGCAGCAGCGAUAGCAGCUCAGGCAGGUGUUGGUGUGGCCUCCACUGUCCAUCUUAACCCCAUGCUGAUGACUGUGGACCCGACGCAUGCACGUCACAUCCAGGGGCUGCAGCCUGCUUCAAUUGGCACCCAGGGGAUUCAGCCUGCUCCGAUCGGAACUCAGGGGAUUCAGUCAACAGCUAUUGGCACCCAGGGUCUGCAGUCUGCAUCACUCGGCUCUCAGCAGCCCACUGAGAACAAAACCUCAGCAGUGGUGUUGACCGAUGGAGCUACCAUUGUAGCGAAUCCGAUUAACAGCACAUUCAGUGCGACCCCUGCUGUCACCACUGUGAUCCAGACCCAUACUCAAAGCAGCAGUACCACUGCUCCAGCACAGGGAUCCUCACCCCGACCCAGCAUUCUACGAAAGAAGCCAGCCUCUGAUGGUAUGGCUGUAAGGAAAAGUCUUAUCCCUCCUCAGCCACCAGAGGCUACGAGCCCGCGACUAGAUGGGACAAUGCGUAGCACAUCAGGGUCUCCACGACCAAUUAGCACAAAGCCCAAACCAGAGAUUCAUGUUGCCAUGACCACCCCGGUGGCUGUAGCAGUGGAAGCAGUUAGCAGUCAGAAUAUGGAGCCUUCGUCAGUCCCGGGGCUGCCGAAUUCCCAGCAGCCUCAGCCACCGAUCCCAACACUUAUUGCAGCCGCGGUUCCACAUCCUCAGCCCACUGCCUUGUCAACCGUCACAGCAGCGGUGUCUGCUGCCCCUCCAGCUUCAAUAUCCAUCACGACCGUGGUACCUCCUCCCUCACAGCCAGUGGCAAUAUCUGUUCCUGCCUCCAUGAGUUCAACAUUGCCAGAAGCUAAAAUUAAACAAGAGACUGAGCCUAUGGAUGGUCUGCAGCCAGUGUCUGUGUCUUCGUCCCAACAAAUGGCAGCCAUGUCUCCUGCUCUAACUCAAAUGGUGAACAAUCUGGGUGUUCCUGGCAAUGAUCUCCCACCGGGUGCCUCGCCCCGUAAGAAGCCUCGCAAACAACAGCACAUCAUCUCUACAGAGGAAAGUGAGAUGAUGGAAACCAACAGCACUGAUGAAGAAAGAGCCAGUACUAAGCCAGUUCUUCUCAAAGCAGAGAAAAGGAAAUCACCUCCAAAAGAAUAUAUAGAUGAGGAGGGUGUGAGGUAUGUUCCCGUUCGUCCGAGACCACCAGUCACGUUACUGAGACAUUAUAGGAACCCCUGGAAGGCCGCCUACCAUCACUUUCAAAGAUACAGUGACGUGAGAGUCAAAGAAGAGAAGAAGCCCACACUGCAGGAGAUAGCUAAUCAGAAAGGCAUUGUCUGCAAGGCUCAAGGCUGGAAGGUUCACCUGUGUGCUGCACAGCUUAUGCAACUGACCAGCCUGGAACAUGACGUGUACAGCCGGCUGGCUUCAUUACAGGAGGGGCUUAUUCCAAAGAAGAAAACUGCUACAGACGAUGACAUUCAUCGAAUCAAUGAGUUGAUCCAGGGAAACAUGCAACGCUGCAAGCUAGUUAUUGACCAGAUUACUGAGGCCAAAGACACAAUGAUGAAAGUUCUGGAUCAUAAGGAUCGAGUUUUGAAACUCCUCAACAAAAAUGGCACGGUCAAGAAGGUGUCCAAAUUAAAGAGAAAAGAAAAAUCCUAAACCCAGGGGUUCGAAUAGUAAUUGUGUUUUAAAGCUAUUGUAUAGAUGUUUAGUUUGAUAUUUGAAUAAAGCAGUUUUCCAGAUAAUGGAUGGUAUACAUAGAACAUGAACACUGCUGUGUGUUCCAGAGAGUGCUGUGAAUGGAGACAAUGUUCUCAAUAGCGCUCGCUCAUUUUGUUUGAUUGUAAACCAGAUAGGGGAGUUGUUUCACAACUGCUGCCCUCCACUUGAAGAAACCUUCAAAAUGGUUCUUUUAGAUUUUCAUCCAACCCAAAUGUAAAGUAGCACAACUUUUUUUUUUGGCCAAGCUGACAUGGUUUAUCUUUUGAGUUCAAAGAACAGCUUCCAGGUUUAUGCUUUCAGGUUACAGUAGCUAUUCAGAAAGCAAACAUUUACAUUGCCAAGGUGUUUCUGUUAAAUAUUAACAUUUGUAACGGUUAGAGUGAAAAUUAUACAAAAUAAUUAGCAUUACCUCACCACUUUUCACAUUGCAGGUAUUGUCUAAAUUUAUCUGGAGACACAAUUUAGCAACCCCAGUCAGGUGAUGCAGUUCAAGAGAUUGCCACAGGUUAUGUUCAAGGCAUUAUCCCGAGUCCAGCACCUGUAGAUAUUAGCAGUACACAUUCAAAUGUGGCUGACAAAAAAAAAAAUAGAUUCCUCAAGUAAGGCCUUAAAUCUAAUUUCUCUUGAAUUGUGUCAUCUACAGAAGGUGCUCUUAUUAGUAGAUGUGAGGUGUGCACGUUAGGAAGGACGGAUUUUAAUACCAUUCUCGAGAAACCUUUCCUCAUUCAACGCAUGCUGCUGAUGUUCCAAAAACUUAUCACAAAUCAAGACCUAUAUGGUUGAUUUGAGGGAGUCGAAAGAAAUUAUGGGAAUAUUUUCUCAAUGAGAAAAACAAAAAUAAAAAAUGCUUAAAACUGUCAGUGUUUAGUCUAGGGAAUAAACGUGGGGUUGCUAAUCAAAAUCACUUACCUGGUGUAUUGUGCCCUUGUGGGGUUUGUGUGGCUCUCUAAUGGUAAGUUAAAGGGAGCUGGUUACUGUUUAUUUGAAUACGAUUCCAGUUCUUCCCCAGUUCGCCAUGUUGGCAAUGAUGAGAAUCUAAAAAUGGGAAUCUUUUAAAGCUGUUGUAAAAAGUACUGAGAGCUUUACAAAGUUCAUAAAGUCUAUAGUUCUUUUUUUAAAGUUUGCUCAAUUUCCUAGACCGAGUUUCAGAAAUACUGUGGGCAGCUUUUAUAUCCUCCCUCUGUUCACAUAUAUAAUGAGUUUGGUAUUUGGACCAGCAGUGUUUGUAAUUGACAGGAAGGUUCAAUGCAUAGGCCUGCCCUGCUCCUUCUCUUUUGUGGUGGUCUUGUGUGACAUGUUGUAGUUUAUGUGAUGCUGUUUCCUGUACAUAUACACUUGCAAAUCAUUAAUAAAGGAUGCAAGCUUUUAUACCAA